CAUAACUCAUAAGUUGUCACGAGCGAAUUACAAGACAUUAAAUUUUACGAAUUACAACGUUGGUUAGUGUUUGCUUGGUUGCUAGGCAGCCACGCUUCAAAGUGUUGUGGGCAUCAUCAACGCUAGAAAAGAGCUUUCUUUUGUCUUUCAUUUGAUGUUACAAUGCAAUUGUCCCCAACCCAACACACUUUCAUGGCAUCACAUUCACGGCGCCUUUUAUCUCUCACCCGAAGGGCCUUUUCUUCUUCCUCUCUAGGAGGAGUUUCUUUGGUUCAAGGAGCUUCCAGAGGAAUUGGCCUUGAAUUUGUAAAACAGCUUUUAGAGAAUGAUGAAAAAGGGCAUGUUGUUGCAACUUGCCGAAAUCCUAGUGCAUCAACUGGGCUUAUCCAUCUGAAAGAUAAAUUUGCGGAUCGUCUUAGGAUUUUGCCGUUGGAUUUGACUGUUGAAAGUUCAAUUGAGGCAUCUGCAUUGUCAAUAAAAGAGACAUAUGGCCGUCUAAACCUUCUGAUUAAUGCAUCUGGCAUUCUUUCAAUACCUGAAGUAUUGCAUCCAGAAACAACAUUGAAUAAGGUGGAGAAAUCAUCUUUAAUGCUUGCGUAUGAGAUUAAUGCAGUGGGUCCUAUCUUAGUUAUCAAGCACAUGUGGCCUCUUCUAAAAGUAGGAGGCGGCCAUGGGACUGAAAGAAGUGCUGCAGUUGUGGCUAGUUUGAGUGCAAGGGUUGGAUCUAUUGGGGACAAUCGUCUUGGCGGCUGGCAUUCUUAUCGAUCUUCAAAGGCUGCUCUUAAUCAAUUAUCGAAGACUGUCUCCGUGGAAUUUGGAAGAAAGAAGGAUCCAAUUGUGUGCAUUUUGCUGCAUCCUGGUACGGUUGACACAGAUCUCUCUAAGCCAUUUCAAAGAAAUGUGCCACCAGAAAAGCUCUUCAGCAAAGAGUUUUCAGUCCAGAAGCUACUAAGCAUCAUUAACAAUGUGAAGAGCCAUGACAAUGGCAAGUUCUUUGCCUGGGAUGGUCAAGAAAUUCCUUGGUAACUCUGUCAUAACAGUGAGAAAAUAUACCAAUAACAAGUGUCAGUGUGUCACAGCUACACUCAAGAAAAGAAGACUAGAAAAUUGUAUUUCAUAAAAUUCAUUGAUGUUUAUGAAACAUUGAAGAAACAUAGAUACUUUUAAAUGUUCUCCAUACUGAUAUGGAUAGGAAUUCAAUCCUCAUGUACUUAAAAUCACAAAAUAAAAUAGAAUUCUUCACUAUUUCUCUCAA